UCUUCUCUGACAUACCUAGUGGAUACAACGGGUUCAAUGUAUGAUGACCUUCAGCAGCUGCAGCUGGUCAAUGGCUGGCUUCUAGAUCAAGUGUCAGCUCGUUUUCCUUGUGGAGUACGGAAAUAUACAAUGGUGGAGUACAAUGAUCCAAAAAUUGGACCAGUGCUGACAACAAACUCCAUAAGUAUAUUUGAUACUUUCUUCAAUAAUCUCACAGUACGAGGUGGUGGGGACUGUCCCGAAAUGGUCAUUACAGGCCUUAAGGUUGCUUUGGAGGAGUCUCCAAAUAAUUCAUUUAUUUUAGUCCUAACUGAUGCAUCUGCAAAGGAUUAUAAUGAUGAAAUCUUGAAAAGAGAUGUAUAUUCUCUCAUCAACAAAACACAAUCGAAGGUAUUUUUUCUGAUCACUGGCCUAUGUGCUGGCAGAACAGACCCCAAAUACCUCAUUUACAGGGACAUCGCCUCCUUGAGCUUUGGACAUGUGUUUGAUGUCAGUCUCUCAAAACUUAACAAGGUCUUCUACUAUCUGGACUUCACUCUAUCAAGACCCAUUAACAGCUCCAGCCGACUACUCUCUAGGGACUAUUACGGAGAAGACAAUUCUGUCAGCUUCUCAGUGGCGGAUAACUAUACUGCAUUGAUAAUGACCACAGACGGGGAGAUACGAUCAUUAGUAGUGACUGACCCAUAUGGUACCAAAAUAAACCCUAAACCAAAGAUGUCUGAGCCCUGGGGAUCCAUGUACGUCGUUGAGAAUCCAGUCAUUGGAGCUUGGACCCUUUUUCUCCAUGGACAUGGGCAUUAUGCUAUACGUGUAGAAGGAUUUAAAGUAAGGAACAUAUCAUAUACUGAACAGUGUUAUGAAUGUCACCCUGAUGCUAUAUGUGAAGAAUAUUUUGGCAUUAAAGAAUGUUCAUGCAAUGAAGGGUUUAUCGGUGAUGGCUUUGCAUGUUCUGACAUUAAUGAAUGUGCCUACCCUUGGUCUAAUAAUUGUUCUGAUAUCUGUGUCAACACACUUGGUUCCUACAUAUGUGAAUGCCCAACUGGAUACACUAAAUCUAUGGAUAACCACUGUGUUGAUAUUGAUGAAUGUUUAGACCCUGCACUCUACCGCUGUCAAUCUCUGGCUAAUUGCUCAAAAAACAAGGGUGAUUCUUGCUCUUGUAAGUCAGGAGAAGGGAUCCAUUGUGAGAAGGAAGAAUGUGCAACAAGUCUAUGUGACCAAGAUCUAGAAUGUCUCAAUGAAAGAGGAUCCUACAGAUGUUCUGAUCCAUGUUCUAGCUAUACCACCCUCGAUGAGCCUUGGAGAAGCACCCACAUAUCACAUGGUGACAACUGUGACAGAACAAAAACUGGAUGGUAUAGAUUCUCAGGGAGUGGAGGAAUUCGAGUUCCAGAAAAUUGCGUGCCCGAAAAUAAAUGUGGCACUGAAGCCUCGAUGUGGUUAAAUGCCUCACAUCCAUUACCCAAUGAAGGAAUUGUCACCUAUACUGCCUGUGCUCAGUGGGAUGGUAACUGCUGCUAUUGGUCGAGCAUGGUGCAGGUCAAAGCCUGUCUAGAUGGAUAUCAUGUAUACAAAUUACAUGGAACGCCCAAAUGUCCAGCAGCUUAUUGUACAGAUCCAACUUUUGGAAAUAACCCAUGCUCCUGUGCAGAAGAGGAAGAAUGCAAAAAAGUGAAUGGAGUUGAUGGCUGCUACUGCAAAGAUGGGCGAGAUGUUCAUCGUUUAGAAGACUUGGAUCUUCAAUUACAAUGUAACACACACAAUAUGGAAGCGUCAUUAAGAUCCUGUCAACUGAAAAGUUUAAAUGUUAAGAAUAUUCACUUCUCAGACGAUCAUUGCAUCGGAGUCACAAACCGAGAGAAGACGAGCAUGAUUUCCAUUAUGUCUCCUCUUGAAGGUGAAAGGUGUGGAGCUCGCCAAUAUAACAAUGGGACACAUGCCAUCUACUGGAAUACCAUGUACAUGGAGCUGGAACCAAGUAAAAUAAUUGUGAGGAAUUCUGAACUUCAGCUCAAUUUUUCUUGUGCAUAUCCUCUGGAUCUUGUUAGUAAGACAUCUGUAAAACCCGUCCUAAGUUCCUUGUCCUUCCACAUUGAGGGUGCAGGAGAGUUCAUAGCACACAUGUCAGUGUAUAAGGACCAAAGCUAUGUGUCCAUGUAUGAAGACAAGGAGGUGGUUCUGUCAACGUCAUCAACUCUGUAUGUGGAGGUUUCCCUACAGGAUCUUAAUUCGUCUCAUUAUGUCACAGUGAUGAAGAAUUGCUAUGCUACCCCGGGAACACAUAUAGAUGAUCCUAUCAAAUAUUACAUCAUCAAGGAGAGAUGUCCUAAUAAAGAAGAUGCCAGCAUCAAGGUGCUGAAAAAUGGAGUCUCCUUACAAGGACGUUUUUCUCUGCAGAUUUUCCGAUUUGUUGUAGAGCAUAACCUAGUGUACUUACAUUGUGAAAGCAACCUCUGUGACUCCAUGAAACAAAUGUGCAGACCGUCCUGCUCUGGACCACAGUCCCGAAGAGCUCUACAUGACGAUGGGGUUUUUGUUCUGGAGUUCGGACCUAUAGUUUGUAAUGGUAAACUCAUACAAAUUGAACUUUAUCAGGGAGACAGAGAUUUUUUCCAGUUGUCACUUGGUCUGAUAACAACCAGUAGCAAAAUCAUAACAAUAACUAGUACAACAACCAAGUAUGACAACCUUACAGUGCCCAAGUAA